AUCCUAAAGCAACUUUUGUUGCCCUUUGCAUCAAGCAUUACUGUUCAAACAUUUGAUUUGGCUGACAAAAGAUCUCGCAAAAUGGAUACCUUAGGAACAGAAAUAGGCCAGAAAAUGAGGAGUGCCGUUAAGGCAAAACUUAUAGAACUUGGCACAGGAUCCGCAACUGGUUAUAUCGACGAUGAGCUGCCAGACUACGUAAUGAUAAUGGUAGCUAACAAACGCUCGCGGCAGCAGAUGGUUGACGAUCUGUCACUAUUUCUCGGUUCCCAAACCGAGAUAUUUGUAAAUUGGCUUCAUCAAGUGUUGCAAAAGCUGCAGGAAGUAACGUUGCCGGCUUCGGCAACGACAAAACCCAAGGAAGUUACAAAGAAAAAAAUAUCUGAGCCUGAUGAUAAACGGAAGGAUAAAAAAAGGAAAGAGAAGAAAGCAAAGCGACGCGGCCGCAGCACCGACGAGGAAGCCGACGUUCCGAACGCUUCCGGUAGAACGAGCGGUGCAGAAGAAGAAAAUACUCCACCACGACCAGCAAUGGUUCUUCCGGCAGGUUCGAUAACCGAGGUGUUUGCAAAUCAGUACAUAGAGAAAGCUAAAAAAUCAUUGGAAUCUGACAAUAUUCCAAUUGCAAAGAAACCAGCGCCCGAGCGCGCUGCAUCACGAGAACGGCCAAAAACUCCACCAUCAACAAGAGACGGUUUCGAAAUUCCGUCCAUCUCUGAAAUUGCUAGUGCUGCCGCUGUCCACAAGCACCACAAAGAGCUUUGCGAGCUGAAAGAAAUAGAACAACGAAUUAGUGAAGCAAAAAGGCACCUAAAAUCACUAGGUACGGAUAUUUCGGAUGACGAUGACGAUAUUUCAUUAGAUUUGAAGGCGAUCGAUGAUGAUUUGCAACCAUCCAAAUUGGGGUCCGUUGAACCGGUAGCAGAACGACAAAGUAAGACGAAUACAAGUGGGAUCUCCGGCAAACAAAGACAACGGAUAACGAUGACCUCUGAGGAACCAUCGAAGCGACCUCCAGCCAUGCGAAGCACGACUCCGCCAACACGUGUCACCGAAUCAGAAUCGGCGAUUCCAAAGAAACGAUCCGUGUUAGAUCGUCUCGGAACGAAACGCUUGCCAGCUACGGUGCAGGAAAACGACGCAAUUGUCACGGAUGUUACAAUUCGCGAAACACUGACGGAAGACAGAAAUAAACCCAAAAACGGUCCCAACACUGCUGGAGGGACAACAAAUAAAAGCACCAUCAUCAGCCUGUCGGCUCACAGGCGAGAGGAGAGGGAAAUAUACGUGCCUCUGUUCCGACGAAAGGAAUCAGCAGACGAACAGCAGCGAGUAAAAAGUCGACCACGACAAGAACCCUUAACGAGAGGUAGGAGUAGGGAGCGAAACGUUCGCGAAACGAAAUCUCCUGUAUCCCGAAUACCGCCACCAACUAGAAAAGAGCCGAGUCGGCCAAGAUCACGAGAAAGUACUUUUCGUCGAGUCGAUAGCCGCGAUACACCAGCGAUAGUGCCCAAAUCUCGUACACGGGAGCGUUCGCGUAGUCGCGAAUGGACCAGAGAGGCGGAACGUGUUCGUUCCGAUUCCAAUAGCCGUGCGAACAAUGGUGGAACGGACCCUGUUCGAGGACGUAUUGGUUCGCGAGUGAUCGUACUUCCACCAAAACCCGAAUUUAACGAGGAAAUGAUCCAAGUGCCGGUGGCGAGUGUUAUUAAAGUCCAGCCACGGCCGGUGGUACCGAAAGGAAAACAGCCCAGUAAAAAUUUACUGCUGAAAGCAAUGGCUGAAGCGCAACGGUCGACUGUGGCCAAUCUGAAGAAAACUAUUGAUAACACAGUCGAUACCGGCAAACAUCAUAUAGGAAUGAAGAGAAAACUGCUGAUUGAAAUUCCCGGUGCAACAAACACCCAUCCAGCGGGUGUUCAUUACGACUCGGAUGAUGACGAGCAAUUUCAUCUCCAGGAAACUGGAAUGAUUUUUAACUAUCGCGAGGAAGAUGAAGAAGACAGAGAAGAGGAAAGUGAGGUGGUCGAUAUUGCAAAUCAAAUGUUGAUGGAGGAUUGUGAUGUGGAUGAGGAAUUUAAGGAAAUACUCGAAAACGAGUAUGAUGUCUCUCAUCCGCGCAAUCUUCACAGCCAUCAUUUGGAGAUAGACCCUACAGAGGAAAAAGUCUCUGCUGACGUUAUAGAGUGUUCAGUUGAUGAUAAAGACACGAAAUUUGUCGUUACGUUGGACGGUGCGUACAAAACUUCUCUAGAGGAAAGUGUUUCCCCGAGCCACACUCCUCCCCGACCGCCUGCAGCAGCGGAAAGUGCUCCAAAAGCUAGAACGUCCGUGAUGGAUCGUAUAGGCUACAAAGGUGGAAGUUUACGUGAAGUAAGUAGAAGAUCCCCCAAUCCAAAGGACUCCAAAGAAAUGGAAGAGACGCUGAAGAAACGUAAAGAACGGUUCAGUGAAAAAUCAGUCGUAGCUGCUUCCGUAGCACCGAAAGCAAUUGGCAAGACAACCUUGUCACCGCUUCCAUCGGUUUCUCGAGGCACUACACAUGGCUCAAGCGUUUCGUCAUCCAAGCAUCAGCGAUCACCCAAAUCGAGCUCUCGUUCCUCACACUCGAUGCAAAGCCACUAUAGCUCGCGGCGCCGUACACCAUCAUUAAGUCCGGAACGGCCAGCAAGGCCUCGGAAAGGAUCUCCAAUCCAUUCUCGAUCGAAACGUAGCAGUUCUAUGCGCAAUGUUUCUAGCUCGCCCAGCCAUCUAAACGAGCUGUUGCUCCAGCGCACGAAGGAACUAAUGGAUGAUAGUGUGUCCUCCUCGCCGAUCUACAUGACGAAGUCGGAUUAUGACAAAAUGGAACCUUCCUCGCGCAAACGAAAACGCGUCUCUCCCAUUCAGUUCAACUUGACCGAUGAGGACGAUCGGCACGACAGCGACGAUGAUUACCAUCAUCAUCGUGACCGGCGGGCGCGAAGCAGGGACGAGUAUCGACCACGCCGCAGCCGGGAGCGUGAAAGUGACGAACGGAGCUCAGCCAGAAAAGACUCUAGGCGUGAUUGGGAACGAGAAAGCGGAGAGCGGCGUGAUAUCCGCGAUGCAAACAGAUUGAAAUCGCCUGGAAGAAAAAUCAAAAAGCUUGAAUCUAGCCGUAAAUUUGACGAUAUUCCACCACUGCUCAGUUCCGUGGCACUGUCUGGAUCGGAUGGGAAAAACAGCAAAGGAGGCAGCGGCGGUGCCAUCAAAGAACGUUGCAAAUAUUUCCCCAACUGUCGCCAGGGAGAUGCCUGCGAAUUUCUUCACCCAGCAACUCCAUGUAAAGCGUUUCCCAGCUGUAAGUUUGGCGAUAAAUGCCUUUAUCUACAUCCAAUGUGCAAAUACGACCAAACCUGUCAUCGUCUGGAUUGCAAUUUUAUGCACUCAAAGAGUGCAUCUUCUCCCACGUCGAGUAGUCUGUCGGCUCCACCACUUGCCUCAUCCGUUGUUCCGGUACAAAACUACAAAACGAUUAGUGCUAAGCCACUUCCUCCGCUCUGCAAGUACUACCCUAAUUGCGUCAACAACCAGUGCCAGUUCCUGCAUCCAAAAAUGUGUCGUUUCGGGAAGCAUUGCGUUAACAAAAUAGAGUGUAAUUUCUAUCAUUACGAUAUACCUUCGAAAGAUAUGCACGAUGCACAUUCGAAGGAUAAAUUUAAAUGGAUCUCUCCGUUUUCCGCUUAAACCAUGU